AACGUGUGCAGUGUCAUUAUACUUUUAACGGAUAAACAAGUAAACAAUUUGAUAGAUUUGGUUACCUUAACCUUUAUUAAUGAUUGUGUUGUUGUUUAAUUUCUAAGCUGAUUGGGAUAUAUAAAUACAAACCGUUUUCGAAGGUAUCAUGGGUAAAGGAGGGCAGAAACAGGAGAGACAGGUUCUACCGUGGUCGGAAAUCUCUAAGCACAAUUCGAAGGAAGAUCGUUGGCUUGUGAUUGGUGGAGAGGUGUACGACAUCACAAACUGGUCAAAGAUCCACCCUGGUGGUCCACGUCUCAUCGGGCAUUACGCUGGACAGGAUGCUACGGAAGCGUUUGGAGCUUUCCAUAAAAGAGAGGAGGUUAGGAAAUAUCUUAAGCCGCUACAUAUUGGCUCAGUUGCCGAAUACAAGGACAGCGACAUCGACAAAGAUUUCCGCGAUCUCAAGCAGAUUGCCAUAAAAAUGGGUCUGUUUGAGCCGAGCUACACAUUUUACACACUUAUGUUAAGCCAGAUCAUACUGUUGUACGUUAUGUGCUAUUUUACACUGUACAUAUUCGGAGUGUCUUGGACAACUGUCAUUUUAUCCCUGGUUUUCCACGCCAUUGCACAGGCUCAAGCUGGUUGGCUUCAACAUGACUUCGGUCAUCUAUCCGUGUUUAAGAACUCUGCCUACGACCACUUUUUCCAUCAGUUUACCAUGACCUUUCUCAAGGGCGCGUCGGCAAGUUGGUGGAACCACAUGCAUUUCCAGCACCACGCCAAGCCUAAUGUGAUUGGCAAGGACCCUGAUGUAAGGCUGGACGCGCUGUUUGUCGUAGGGGAUGUUAUGCCAGUUGAGGUUGCCAAGGAGAGGAAAAGUAGCAUGCCCUUCAACCACCAGCACAAGUACUUCUUCGCAUUGGGUCCCCCGCUGUUGUUCCCUGUAUAUUUCCAGAGCAUAUUGUUCAAGUUCUUCAUCCAGAGGAAACUUUGGGGGGAGAUGGCUUUAUGCCUGACAUAUGUAUUCCUAUUUUUCUACCUAAUGGUUCCUUUCCUGGGAGGCUGGUGUAGUGUAGCAUUCUAUUUUUCCUCCCGGUGUCUUGAGAGCCAAUGGUUCACGUGGGUAGCCCAGUCUAAUCACAUACCGAUGAAAAUCAAAAAUGAGGAGAACAAUCCCUGGCUUCGCCUCCAGAUUUACGCGACCUGCGACAUCACGCCCUCCGUCUUCAAUGACUGGUUCACUGGGCAUCUUAACUUCCAGAUUGAACACCACCUGUUCCCAACGAUGCCUCGUCACAACUUGUACAAGAUUGCUCCCCUCGUGAAAUCCCUGUGUGAGAAACACAACGUCCCGUACAUUGUCAAACCCCUGUUGACUUCCUUUGUGGAUAUCUAUAAAUCGCUGAAAUCCUCCGGAGAACUGUGGGAAGAGACCUACAAUCAGUUUCACGCAACGUAGAUACAUGUAGAUGGCUGUCCAAUCAUCGUAGCUAGAAGGCUGUCCCACUGUUGUUCUGUCUGGUGAUCUCUCUAUGGUGUUGUUUGAACUGGAAGCCGGCUACGUGCUCUGCUGAAUUAAGGAAAAAAUGAACUGAAAAUCGAAUUUGGGACGUCUCUUUUAGGUUCUUUAAGUGUAUCUUCUUUUGGUUAACUACCGUAUGUGAUAAUUUAAUUAUCUAAAGGGGAAGGGGUGGGGGGUUGUGGGUAGAUUUUAGAUUCUUGAACCAUCCUAUAUCCAGCUGAAGAGAGAAAAUCCUUAAAAAAGGUGGUUUUUGUAAAGAUUUGUGGUUUAAACAUAUGUAUUUUUGAGUGAUAUGACAUGUUGAAACAAAAUCGAAGGAUGUUUAUAAAAUCUUUAUUGCUAUGUAAGUUAAGUCAUUAAAUUUAUGUUUUUUUUUUAUUGGUGUCAGUAGUUUAAACGAUAUAGGAUGAUUUUUAAUUACAAUUAUUGUGAAAUCUAUUCUUCUUAAUUGUAAAAUAUGGGCUGCCCAUUUUCUCCCAUAUUUUCAAAUGUUAUCAUCGUCUUUUAGAUGGUUUGUGUAGUGAUGGAAAUGGAACUUCUCUUCUAUAUUCACUUUGCCUGUAAAUUGUUCAAAGAUUCUUGUGCUUAGAUUUUCAUAAUUUACUUUUUCUUUUCUGUGUUUUCAUGAGUUGAUUUUUAAUGCUCAUUUUUUUCAAUUUUGUUAUAUUGUUAUUUGAGAUUUUGUUGUAAAUCAUGUUUUGAGUCGGACAAUUUUAGUUUAAGUUCUGUCAUUUUUGGAUCUUGUUGCAUAAUAUUAAAGGGACCCUCCUACAGAAGUCUUGUCGGCAAAACAACAACACAAAUUACAAAAAAGUUGUUGUUUUUUUAUAAUCAUAAACAAACACCUAAUAAAAACUGAUUAUUACUCUUAAUUUGUUGAUUUUACUCCACUCAUUAUCAACUUUUUAAUAGAGUUAUGGAGUCUUUUCAGCAAACAAAGUAUUUCGUGUAGUAUUUUGAAAUAUAGUUAAGAACAGAAUAAUUGUUAUAAAAAAUUCUAAUGAUGACUUACAUAAUUAUAAUUGUUAUAAACAGUUUGUUCAAAUUACACAAAAAAAAAAUAAAAAAAUGUCUGGCCUUUUAAUCUGUGAGAUAGUCCCUUUAAAUGGUAGAUCUAAUAUUUUACUGAAGCUAAGAUCAUGAAUUUUUAUGCUGUUUUCUUCUGAGAAAUAUGACAUCAUAGUUUUCUUUGUCUAAAAAAAGAAUUGCGACAUCCACCCUGUGACACGAUUUUAAUGUCCAUGUUAUUUUUAAGGCAGUUUACAAUUCUUUUUAUAAAAAACAUAAUGGACAUGAUUCCAAAGACUGAUAGUUAAAUUGGUUAUUUUAGUUCAAUUGUUUAUUUUAAAACCCAUUUCUUUUGUCACAUGAAGCAAUUAUAUAGUUACGUAUACAGAAAAAGUGCUAAUUUUGAGAUUCUAAAAAUGUGAUACCUGUUGAUUUGAGUUGUAUCUGUAAAUCCAUCUUUGUAUUUAUUUGCUGUAUCUGGUUACAUAUAUAUCAAUGUUGUCACCAUUUUAAUGGUUUUCAUAUACUGCUUGGUUAUCUGUUUUGAUGUUCGUUGAAAUGUUGUAAGCCACUCGUCAAUUUAAUUGGCAAUUUCCAAGAUUCUAAUGCACCCUAUGUAACAUAGUUGCAAGAUUCAAGUUUUUUUAUAACCUUAAUUUGAAAAGGAUUUUUUUUAUAGUUUUCUAUAUGUAAAAAAAAUAUAUCAAUUUUAUUUUUACAUCGAAACUGCAAAAUUUAAGCCUUAAAUAACUGGUUAGCGUAUAUUGUAUAUACUGAUGAUGUGAUCAUGAAUACUUGUUUUAUUGUUUGAUGUCUACUUAACAAGUUAUGACAUGACAUAUAUAUUUAUGCCCCCUUUUGAAAAAAGUGGGGUAUAUUGUUUUGCACAUGUCGGUCGGUCGGUCGGUCGGUCGGUCUGUCUGUCUGUCGGUCGGUCGGUCGGAAUACCAAAUGGUUUCCGAUCAAUAACUUGAGAACGCUUUGACCGAGGGACCUCAUACUUGGUAUGUGUAUUGGUCAUCACCAGCAGAUGAACCCUAUUGAUUUUGAGGUCAGUGGGUCAAAGGUCAAGGUCAGUGUGACCUUUACAUGAAAAACGGUUUCCGAUCAAUAACUUGAGAACGCUUUGACCCAGGAACCUCAUACUUGGUAGGUGUAUUGGUCAUGACCAGCAGAUGAACCCUAUUGAUUUUGAGGUCAGUGGGUCAAAGGUCAAGGUCAGUGUGACCUUAACAUGAAAAACGGUUUCCGAUCAAUAACUUGAGAACGCUUUGACCCAGGGACCUCAUACUAGGUAGGCUUAUUGGUCAUGACCAGCAGAUGAACCCUAUUGAUUUUGAGGUCAGUGGGUCAAAGGUCAAGGUCAGUGUGACCUUUACAUGAAAAACGGUUUCCGAUCAAUAACUUGUUUUUUAUUGUUAUGAUGACUUAACCAUUUAAUGGCUAUUUUGUCUUGAAAUUUGUUGGAAAAAACACUAGUAAAGAUGUUAUGUUGACUUCAUUUUGUGAAGUCAGUGUAAUCAUAUUAUAUCAGAUUUAUCAACAACACUUCUGUCAGUAUAUCCAGUAAAACGUGAUCAACUAAAAAAAAAAUAACAACAUGUCAGAUUACCUAUCCAACAUAAAACGUGUCAACGAGAGUUCAUGAUCACAUGAUCAGUAUUUACAUUACACGCUUCCAUAUUGAAGUAACAAGGUGCUUUACCAAAAAAUAGAGAAAUAAACAUUUUUUAUGUAUUUUUGAUACGAGACGUCCUCAGCGAAAAUGAGUCCUGUGAAGGAAAAAGGGAAGUAUAAAUUUUUGCACAAGCCUUAUACGCAGGCAUUCAAAUAUAUUUUUACAUAUUUUUUUAAAUGGUUAUCGUAAGGAAUGCUUUAACAGUGCGCAUUUUUGCAGGUGACAUCUCAGUUGUACACAUUGAUGUUUACGCAGUUUUUGUGUUAUUGCAUUAGUAAUGUAUUGUAACUUGUAAGCGAACAAAUUCUGUAUUUUAUUCAGAUAACUUAUAAGAUGGAAGCUUAUCGCAUUACUUUGCUUGUUUCAAGUUUAAAACAACCAUAACGUAUUUUCUUACUUUCUUAUAUUACGCUUGUGUUAUUUAACUUGACAUUGACAUCAUUUUGUCGCACUGAUUAAACGCAAACAAUUUGCUGAAAAAUGAAUAAAGUGUUCUUUUUAGGUGAACCAUAACGUAUUUUCUUACUUUCUUAUAUUACGCUUGUGUUAUUUAACUUGACAUUGACAUCAUUUUGUCGCACUGAUUAAACGCAAACAAUUUGCUGAAAAAUGAAUAAAGUGUUCUUUUUAGGUGAAAAUCGUGAUAUGAGAUAAAUAUUAUCUUACAUUUGUUGCCAAAUUGUGACAUGUGAUAAAAAUAUUCUUACAUGUGAUGCCAUUCAGUUUAUGAAACUCAAGACAGGAUUAUUAUAAAGCAUGGCUAAAGGGUUGCUUGGGAACUUUUCCUUAACAUGUUUCGUAGGUGUUUAUAUUUAAUGGCAUAGCAUGUAAAAAAUUUGAUCUAAAUGAAAUAAUGAUCGAAUGUUAAGUGAAAUUGUUUUUUAUAGAUUUCUUACAAAAAUGUACUAUAAUGAUCGAAUGUUAAGUGAAAUUGUUUUUGAUAGAUUUCUUACAAAAAUGUACUAUUGUGAUCGAAUGUUAAGUGAAAUUGUUUUUGAUAGAUUUCUUACAAAUAGGUACUAUAUUUUACUUAUGUAAAUUUACAAUGUUUAUCAUAUCAAAUCAAAUAUCUUGCCUUUUGUUGUGUACUCAAUGUUGUUUAAUUAUGGUCUGAACAGAACUGUCUUUAAUUGCACUGUUGAAGUUUAUUGCGGUGGAAAAAACUAUGCGAACAUUCUCUUUUAAGAAGAGUUUGUUCACACAUCUUUUCCUUCUGCAGUACUUGUAUGUUUCCACAGCAAUAUUGUGUGUUUCAUUGUAGUUAAGUAGUUUUUCACGUGUACACCGCACGUCUUCCUCCUAGUUUAGUUAUCAAUUCUUUGCAUGUGAAAAAACAAAGCGUCUUUAAGAUUUAUCAUGUAUGUUAUAACUUAUAAAGCGUGACAAGCUAAAAUAGGUCUCUUUAAGUGAAUAUGAUAUGAGCAGGAUAAUGACAUAAGCAGAAAAUAUAAUGUUAGAUGGAAAUAUGACACAUGGAGGAAAUAGGAUGUAGGCACUUAUAUGACAUAAGCAUGUAAUAUGACGCAAGUCAGAAAUAUGACAUAAGCAGGAAAUAUGACAUAAACAGGGUAUGUUAUGUAAGCAUGUAAUAUGACGUAAGCUGGGAUUAUGGUGUCAGCAGUGAAUAUGACAUAAGCAGGAAAUAUGACAAAAGCAGGAAAUAUAAUGUAAGCAGGAAUAAUGACAUAAGUUUGAUCCAGAUACCCUUGUUCCCAUGUUUUUGAUUGAUAAAUAAUACCUUUGAGUGAUGCUGGAUUAUUAAAAAAGUGUAUUAUUAGACCAAUUUCUGCUUGUCAGAGCCGUUAUGUGUUGCAUGGAUGAAAGUUUGAGUGUAUUUCUUGUAUAAAAUUUGUGCUCUACAGUAUACUGAUUAAAUUUUGUGGGCAUUUUGUUUCAAUUAUCACGAAAAUAGGACCUCACAAAUUUAGAGUAAUAUACAGUAUGUUAAAGAAUUGAAAUAUAUUUCAAAAUGAUGAUUAAACAGUUUCACACUGUCCCAUUUACUUAUGGUGUGAGUUUUUGUGUAUUGAUUUUGAGUCAAAGAUUAGGUUAGAAGAAACUGUUUUCAUUUGACAUAUACCAUCAAAAAUAUGUAGAUUUUCUUGUGUUAUUUUGCACUGCCUUUGAUAUUGUUUUUUGUUUUUUUUUUCUCUCAAGAUGAUUUUUGCUUAUUAUAAUCGUGCAUUAUUUUUCUACUUUUUCAUGACUUCAUUUAAUCUGCAGUAUAUUUUUUUUAUGGAGGGAAAAAAUGGAAUUGAAAUGAUUGCUUAAGAUAUCCAUUAUAUUGAUAUGGAAAUCCAGUAAUUUGGUUAACUGAAUCUUUCAGGGGCGUACCUAGGCGUAUAUAUCAAUUUUUACUCCCCAAAAAUGAAAGGUGCCUAAAUCUCGAAAUAAAAGCUACAGGUGUGUAUUUAAAAAUUUGUGAAACUUUUUUAACUUUAAAGGUUAAUUUAAUUUCACUGGAUGUUGGCGUUAAGAAUGCUUAAAAAUGAUUCUUUCAUAACUGUAUUCUUCGAAAAAAUACCAUUGGAAUGGGCAACCCCACUUACUCUAUAUAAUGUCUUGAUACCUAACCAACAACUUCCUUACAUAUGAAUACUUUACUUGAAUAAUACCAUGCUCAAGUAAUUGGAGCUUAGUAGUCAAAAUGCCUCAGGUACGCCCCUGUUUAACAUGGAUAGUAUUAGAGGGUGUGUUACAUUUUUUUAUGCUGAAGAUCUGUCUAUAAAUGACAUAAACGUUUUUGGUGGAGUAAAUAAUAGGACUAUACAGGGUCUUUUGCCUCUGUUCAUUUUUUUUGUUGCAGGCUUUGGGACCAGUUUUUACACACCGGUGGAAAAAUAUACAUACAAUGUACACUAAUUGUAUUCAUUUGUAAUUUGUCUUUUGAUUAAGAUUUUUGUUUACAUUUUGAUAUGGGGGUGAUUGUUCAGAAAACAUGUACUGGGAAAUCUUGUUAAAAAUACUUCAGAUCACAAGAAUAUCCAUAAUAGUAAUGAAUAGUGGACAAGGGCAAUUUUUCCAGAGUAGAGGCCAUUGGCAUCUUGUCCCAGAAUAGGGUCAAGGCCAUUUUUUCCCAGAUUAGAGGUCAAGGGCAUCAUUGUCCAAGUGUAGAGGUCAAGGGCAUCAUGUCUAAGAGUAGAGACCAAGGCCAAUUAUUCCCAGAGUAAAGGUCAAGGGCUUCUUGUUUCAGAAUAGAGGUCAAGGGCAUCAUUGUCCAAGUGUAGAGGUCAAGGGCAUCAUGUCUAAGAGUAGAGACCAAGGCCAAUUAUUCCCAGAGUAGAGGUCAAGGGCUUCUUGUUUCAGAUUAGAGGUCAAGGGCAUCAUUGUCCAAGUGUAGAGGUCAAGGGCAUCAUGUCUAAGAGUAGAGACCAAGGCCAAUUAUUCCCAGAGUAGAGGUCAAGGGCUUCUUGUUUCAGAAUAGAGGUCAAGGGCAUCAUUGUCCAAGUGUAGAGGUCAAGGGCAUCAUGUCUAAGAGUAGAGACCAAGGCCAAUUAUUCCCAGAGUAGAGGUCAAGGGCUUCUUGUUUCAGAAUAGAGGUCAAGGGCAUCAUUGUCCAAGUGUAGAGGUCAAGGGCAUCAUGUCUAAGAGUAGAGGCCAAGGCCAAUUAUUCCCAGAGUAGAGGUCAAGGGCUUCUUGUUUCAGAAUAGAGGUCAAGGGCAUUUUUUACAAAAGUAGAGGUCAUGGGCAAUUUAUUUUUUCAUAUAUUCUGUAAUGGAGCUGAUUCUACCAAGGCAAAUUAACAUUCAUGUGAUUUAUAUUAGCCUUAUCUUUAUAAGGCCAUCCUUAAAAUAAAACCCUAUGAUUGUUUGCAGUGUGCUGACCACGAUUUUCAUUUGGUCAGUAGGUUGGGAAAUUUCUUUGAUAACUAAGGAAUGUCUUAUCGUUAUACAAGAAAAUAAAUUAAAUUAAAGAAACUUUACCUACCUGAGGUGAUAAUUUUGGGCUCAUGGUUUAUGGUGAAUUGCCCCAGAUACUGCAAACAAACCAUUUUUAAAGGAUGGCUUUACUAUUGUUGCAAGUAAAGCUUAGUAAGAUUGCCUUCUUUCUUUUGAAAACUUAUACAACUUUGUUAUACUCAUGUGCUUUCUCAUUUUGUAGCCAUUCCUUUCAAUAAAGUGUGCUGUUAUAUUAAGCCUUUGAACAAAUUUAUACAUGUUCUGUUUAAUUAUUUUUUUGUCAUAGAUGAUGCAAGUAAACUAUCAAUGUGUUGUUCACCUUUUGGAUUAUGUUAAUUUUUUUAUCAUUUAAACAAAUUAAUACUUUUCAUAAUAAAAAAAAAAAUAAUAAUAAAAAAACAUCUUAAAAUAAAAAAGUGAAAAUAAUAAAACAUGAAAAAUUUCAUUUGAUAAGUAAUGAAAUUAACGUUUUGGUGGUGGAAGUGAAUUUAUUUGAAAUAGUAAUCGUCCUAAUUUACAUGUAUAACUAUUUCUCUUAUAUGUAAUUCAAUUAUAUAGUAGGGCAUGUCAUAUCCAUAUCAGCAUAUCUUGUAUAAGCAUGAAUGUCGCGUGCAUUGUGAUAUGAGUUUGAGAAAGUGAUAUGAUCAUGAAUGUAAAAGUGUGAUUAAGUGUGAUAUGAUCAAACGAGUGAUAUGAUUGUUAGAAAAGUUCGGUUUUGUUUCCAAUCAAUUAGAUAACAUAUAUUGAAACAAUAAAAUAUUUUCUGUGUGUCAAAUUAAGUGUCUUACAUAGGGAAGUAAUUUUGAACUGUUGUUUUUAUAUAAUGAAAAUUCUUUAACGUCUGACAUAUAGAAUCACACACUGUAUCGUUAUAGCAUCUGUAGAAUUCUUUAUACGUACCCUGCUUGUAGGUGUAUAAAUAGUGUAUUGGAACAUGUUUACCAUAUUUUUCAACCCAUUUCCUUUAGGUAAGGCAAUGUUUUCUAUUCAUGAACAAAAUGGUGUUUUUUUAGAUCAAUGUUUAUUGUGUGCAAAUCUGAUCAAAUGAUCAUCUGGCAUUGAAACAAGCUAUUCCACAGAUUCCUCCUGUUGCCGCAUUUUACAUACCACUGUUUUUUUCCUGGAUAGUUCAGCUCUCAAUUCAAAGCAAUGAGAAUCGGAAAUGAUCAAAUAAGAUAAUCUGGAAAAGUUUCGUUUGCCACAAUGGUUAAUAUAUUUAAUUAAAACAAUGAAAUCAUGAACCAAACUGUCCAGAGGUUUUUUUUAAGUUUGCCUGGAUGAGUUCAAGUCAGUGACUUCCAAAUCAAACGAUCUUAAAAUUGGUCAUCCGGAUCCAAUAUUCGGGUUAAAAACGGUAUCUGUGAAAAGGUGAAAUGUUAUGCAAUGUACUUGUUUAGUUUUGUACAACUUGCUGACACCUUUAGGAUGAUUGUGUUGAUAAUAAAAGUGUAUUGUCCAGAA